AUGGAGGAUUAUUUUUAUUUCUUCAUCGAAGGAUACGACAAACUAUUUGGCUACGUGCACCACAACUUCGUGGAACAAGUGCCAUGGCCCGACUUCUGGAAGAUUGAUCACGAGAAGCGCUUUCUGACCUUGACUACGGCGGAUGAUUUCGAAAGUCGUAGCCUACUCAUGACCAAGACGCUCAAGGCGGACCAUGAGUCCGGCAACGUCCUUGCGCUUCGGAGAUGGGCCAACGAAGAGUUUCCAAUAUACUCGUCCUCUGGGGAGCACGUCCUGAACAUGGAUGGAUGCGGAGUGGACAUGCUUGGCAUCAUCAACUUCUCAGUCCACAUGAUCGGCUGGGUCAUGACGUCCGAAGGGAUCAAGAUCUGGGUUCCGCGCCGAGCAAAGACUAAGAUGAGCUUCCCAGGCAUGCUGGACAAUACUGUUGGCGGCAGCCUCGCAGCUGGGGAAAAGCCCAUCGAAGGCAUAGUUCAUGAGUGCGAAGAAGAGAUUUGCCUGGACCCGGAGUACACACGCUCAAACAUCAGAGCCUGUGGCACUGCCUCAUGGCAAAUGACUGUCACCGACCUCCUGGAGCCCGCUUGCCAGCGCCAAGUUCAGUAUCUCUACGAGAUUGAGCUCCGUCAGGACAUUGUUCCCAAAAUCGGAGAUGGCGAGGUGGGAUAA